AUGCUUAAAGAGAAGCAGGAUCAGGCAUUAAGAAAGGACGCUGAAUCCGGAUACAGCGCGUCAUCUCUUAUCACUGCCCCGCCUGAUGGAAUUCCCUCAUUAUUUGACCCUUCUAUUUCGCUGCCCCCGGCCCCAGACGGUGGCUAUGGCUGGGUGAUUGUUAUUAGUUCUUUCUUUGUAAUGCUUAUUAGCGAAGGAUUUUCCCUAUCAUUUGGUGUACUCUUUACAGAGUUGUCAGAUGUUUUCAAGCAGAGUAAAAGUGUAACAUCUAUAAUUGCAUCCCUAUUCUAUGGAAUCCCCAUGAUUUGUGGACCUAUAGCCAGUGCCAUUGUAACUAAAUUAGGAUGCAGAAAAGCGCAGAUUCUUGGAGGAUUGAUCACAAGUGUUGGAGUCUUGGCUAGUGCCUUUGUGGAUUCCAUUGGCCUUAUCUGUUUUACCCUUGGUUUUGUCGCAGGAUUCGGGCUCUCUAUUGGGUAUAUUACGUCUGCAGUCCUUGUGGCGUACUAUUUUGAAAAGAAGCGAUCUCUGGCGUCCGGGUUGUCUGUUUGUGGAUCUGGUAUCGGUACCUUUGUGUUUGCUCCACUUUUGGAAUUCCUCAUUGAAGAGUAUGGAUGGAGAGGUACCUUUGUUAUUCUCAGUGCCAUCACAUUGAAUUUAGUCGUUUGUGGAGCACUGAUGAGACCUUUGGAAUUUACUCCUUUGGAAGAAUGGAAAAGAAAUUUAGAAAAAUUUGAAAAUAUGGCGAAAACAAUAUCGGAAUCUAAACUGCACAAUCGAAAUUGCCUCGCUAACAGUUCGGAUAUGCUGAACUUAGAUUAUCACAAUGAUAACAAAUGCUUAGCUGAGAAAAGACAGCGUUGUCAUUCAAUGGUUCAAUUGCCUACUUUUACAAAUAAAUCCAAGAAUAUUCCACUUGACAUGUUAUGUGUUGUACGAAGAAAUGGUAAGAAUUCGCAGCACAUCUUGAAGAAAUAUUUUCAAAGCAUGGAUACAAUCAACGUUCACACCACAGGAAAUACCUGUGCACCUAAUAAAGACAGACUUCCGGGCCAGGAAAUGAUAAAUGUAGUUGCAAACGAUGAUCAAAAUGCCUGUCACGAGAAAGACAGACUUGUAAAAGAUGACAUAGUAAGAAAGAGAAGCAAGAAAAAAUCUCUUGUACGGAGGAAGACCCUAAAUCGACGAACAAUUAUACAGUAUUAUCCUCUGUUCAGAAAAGACUUAUUUUACAGAAGAAGUCUUAAAAGAUUUACAGUCACUCCAAAGAACCGACCAAAGAGCUGUCCAGCAAUACACCCAGAGGUGUUAGAUGAAAGCGAUGAUGAAGACGAUGACAAUGAUUCUUCUAUACCAAGACUCCUGAGAUUAUCCAAACACAUCAAGAAAAUGUUCAAGUUGAUGUUUGAUUUCAAAAUCAUGAAAAACCCAUUCUUUCUUAUGUUUCUGAUUUCCAACUUCAUAUCGUACUUCUGGUACGAUGUACCAUAUGUAUUUCUGAAUGAUAUUGCUAUAGAAGGGGGGAUAGAAGAUCCGGCCUUCAUUAUUUCAAUCCUUGGAAUUGUGAAUACCUUUGGACAGAUUGUAUAUGGAUUUAUAGGUGACAGAAACAUAGACCUGACCUUGCUCUAUGGAGUGUCGAUCAUGCUCUCAGGAUUGUGUGUAAUGAUUGUUCCGUGGUUCCUGUCUUUUGUACCACUUUGCAUUAUUGCGAGCCUGUUUGGGUUCUUUGUUAGCGCCAGCUAUGCACUGGAUACCGUGAUUCUGGUGGAAAUUGUUGGGAUUGAUAAGCUGACCAAUUCCUAUGGAAUAACCAUGAUGAUGCAGGGAUUAGCCAAUAUCAUAGGACCUCCUGUAGCUGGUUUACUUUAUGACCUGUCGGGUUCCUAUGACCACACCUUCCUGGUCGGGGGAAGCUUUUUCUCCUUUUCCGGUCUACUACUGAUCUUAUUACCAGUUGGAAAACGCUUAAAAUCAUUCAUUUACAGAAAAAGAUCUCUCAGCAAAAGAACUCCAAAACGGCGAGAAAUCUUGAGUAAAUCCACGAGUCCGAUCACAGUUGAGAAUCUGUUGAACUCGAAGAAACCAUUAAGUCCAACCAGGAGCCCAUUACCAAAGCGUAGGAGAAUGUCUGACAUGGGUAAAGAAGAGGAAGUUAUGAUGGCCACACCAGACAAAAACUCCCACAGCUUCUUAAAGCCAGUGCUUAGAAGAUCACCCAGACAUUUAAAGAAAACCCCGACUCAUGUUACCUCCCCUGUCAGAAAAUCUCCAAGGCUAUUGAAAAGGAGCAGAGAAUCCAUGUCUGCUGAUUCAAAGGUGAAAAAUGCCACACAGAGAGAAACUCCAACCAGGCAUAUUGUCUCCAAAGGAUUUUCAAUGAAGCAGAUUUACAUGGAUGGUAACUGCAGAUCUGUUGAGUCGUUCAGUGUGCAAAUGAAAGCCGGCAGUGGCUUAUCUAAUAGAAAUGGCAAUAUGAGUAAAGCAAGUGAACCAAAUAAAAAUUCUAUUAAAGACUCAAACAAAAGUAACACAGAUAAAAGUGGAAAAAUUUGUGUCAAUUCCCAAGUUUCAAGUGUAGAACAUGGUGGACAAUUUAAGGUUCCUAGUCCAAGUUUUCAGUUUUCACUAUGUCAAAAAUCUGCUUUAAAUGUUACCAAUUCUACUAUAAACUCAAGCAAUUCAAUUCUUAAGACCCCGGACACCAGUAUGUCAUCAACAAUGAAAGCAACACCACCCCUGUGUAAAUGUGGACGUCGGUCAAAGAGGAGAAUGGUGCAAUCCCCAGGACCAAACCUUGGUCGAUUUUUCUUUUCUUGUGCGGGGGUGAAGACAACAGACAGAAAUGGGUGUGGCUUCUUUCAGUGGGAGCCCUCCGUCCAGAGUUCAGGGUCCACAAGCAGACGACAGAGUUUUGUUUCCAGGUACAAUCUCUCUGGUCUCUCUAAACCAUUCACUCCUGUGUUUCAACAAGCUGAUAAAUUCAACAGUUCUGCUCAACAAAGAAGAAGUUUAGGAGUUAGACCCAGUGUAAUUAAGGGUUGUAUCAGGUGAUAUAGGUCUAUUCAUUUCGUUUUCUGUAAACAGAAUUUAAUCAAUGAAAACAAUUUUCUUUAUUUUAAUGAAUUGAAUUCAUAAGAAUAUUUUUUUUAUGUUCCUUUGUGUGAAUUUUAUGUAUAAAUGUGUAC